AUGGGUAUUAAAGUAGGAAUCAACGGGUAUGUAUACAAGCCUUAUCGAUCGCGAAGCCGUAUCGGACGUAUUGUCCUUCGUAACGCUCUGAUUCAUGGCGAGGUCGACGUUGUUGCUGUUAACGAUCCUUUCAUCGAUCUCCAGUACAUGGCGAGUAGCGCUUUCCAGGGGCACGACCUGAAAUACAUGUUCACGUUUGACUCGACGCAUGGACGCUUCAAGGGUUCUGUCGAAAUCAAGGACGGAAAGCUCGUCGUUGAGGGAAAGCCUAUCUCAGUGUUUGCUGAGAGGGAUCCCGGCGCUAUUCCUUGGGGUUCUGCCGGUGCUGAGUACAUCGUUGAAUCGACUGGUGUCUUCACAACCGUGGAGAAGGCCUCGGCUCACUUGAAGGGUGGCGCCAAGAAGGUCAUUAUCUCGGCCCCCUCGGCCGAUGCGCCUAUGUUCGUAUGCGGUGUCAACCUAGAUGCUUACGACCCCAAGUACCAAGUCAUCUCCAAUGCCUCUUGCACUACCAACUGCCUUGCUCCUCUUGCCAAGGUCAUCAACGACAAAUUCGGCAUCGUCGAAGGUCUUAUGACAACUGUCCAUGCUACGACGGCCACUCAGAAGACUGUUGAUGGGCCGUCGAACAAAGACUGGCGUGGCGGGCGUUCCGUCGGUGGCAACAUCAUUCCUUCCUCCACCGGUGCCGCAAAGGCCGUGGGCAAAGUCAUUCCUACUUUGAACGGAAAGCUUACCGGCAUGUCCUUCCGUGUUCCGACACAAGAUGUGUCGGUGGUCGACUUGGUCGCCCGUAUUGAGAAGCCGGCGACUUAUGACGAAAUCAAGGCCGCCAUCAAGGAGUCCUCUGAGAAUGAGCUCAAGGGAAUCCUCGCAUACACUGAAGAUGCCGUCGUCUCGACCGACUUUGUCGGCGAGACUUCGUCCUCCGUCUUCGAUGCUGCGGCUGGUAUUGCGCUCAACAAGAACUUUGUUAAACUUAUCGCAUGGUACGAUAACGAGUGGGGUUACAGCAGACGGGUCGUUGAUCUCCUCGUCUUCGCCGCCAAGGCAGAUGCUGGCAAGGCUUAAUUUCACAUUCUUCUUGAUACUAGAUGUUCACGUUUUGCUUUUCUUCUCGUAUCUCUUUUCCCGAUCGGCUCCGCGCUCUCUUUUGACCCGUAUUUAUCCGUCCGUUGAAUUGAACCACCUCGAAAAAAUCCUUUCAUCAUGACGGAAACUGCACUUCCCUAUGUGUUGCGCUCCAUCUUCUAUCACGAUGAUGAUCAUGGUGGUGUUGCAUGUACCAACCGUAUGAAAACAAUCGACUAAAAAAUUGAUCGACUCCACGACCGACCGACCGACCGAAUCGCAACACGAAUUUAACGCUUCAUCAUGCACGGAUACGAACGCGUUGCUGAAUGUGCCAUUUGCAUCUUCAAGCGAGAAAAAGCAACUUGUAGGAGACGACGAGGACGAGGGAUGACGUUCAGGCCCGGGAUUUAAAAAAAAAAAUCGGAACGUUCUCGAAUGCUGGGAGGAAGGAGUACGCAGGAUGAAAGUACCUGAAAAU